UUUCCAGUACUACUUUCUGUUCAAGUGGAAUGAAGAGAGAACUGAAAAACAGUGCUUUUUUCAACGUCUUCAAAGCACCUUCCUCAAAACACAAACAAGAUCCAAACUCCCAAACCUCAAUCUUUGCCUCUCAAACAUUCACUUCUCUUACUUCAACAAUGGUAGUACAAGACAUGUUUUACUUCAACAAGGUUUAUGAUCUAUCUUGUUGCAGGACAUUCUUGUUAUAAAGGCUCAGAAGAAAUCACCGAUGUUGUUAAGGAUGUCUUUGUUGAUGUUUUCAAUGGUGUGUGGUGUUUUUGUAUUCUAUGUUUGUUUGAAGCAAACAAGCAUUCAUGCUAGAACUAUACUUCUUGAGUUGCAACAAAUUGAGAAGCCUUCUAGGAACAUAUUCAACCUAUUAGAGAUUUCUAACCUACAUUAUCCUAAUCCCGUGUCUUUUAACAGGAGUGAGUGUGCUCGAAAUCCGAUUCGAUUGUUUGCUAUAUUGACGAAUCAAAGAUCGGGAAGUGGUUGGUUUGAGACCCUUUUGAAUAGUCAUAUGAAUGUAAGCUCAAACGGGGAGAUAUUUUCGGUUCCCGACAGACGAGUAAAUGUAUCUACGAUAGUUAAGACUUUAGAUAAAAUUUACAAUUUGGAUUGGCUCAAUAGUGCUUCCAAGAAUGAGUGUUCUGCUGCAAUUGGCUUGAAGUGGAUGCUUAAUCAGGGAUUAUUGGAGCACCCUAAGGAAAUAGUCGAUUACUUCAACUGCAGAGGCGUUUCCGUCAUUUUUCUUUUCCGGAGAAACUUGUUACGCCGAGUGGUAUCGACGCUUGCCAAUUCGUAUGACCGUUACGCUAAGCUAUUGAAUGGCACUCAUAAGUCUCAUGUCCAUUCUAAAGAAGAGGCUGAUACGCUUUCAAAGUACAAGCCUACCGUAAAUUCGACGUCGUUGCUGGCUGAUCUGAAUGAUAUGGAGAGAAAAGCUGCAACAGCGUUAGAAUACUUCAACACCACACGACAUAUGAUUUUGUACUACGAGGAUCUUAUCAGAAAUCGAACCAAGCUAAAAGAGGUGCAAGAGUUUUUAGGAUUGCCGGUAAUGAAAUUAACGAGCCGUCAAGUAAAGAUACAUAAAGGACCAUUAUCAGAACACAUUAAAAACUGGGAUGAAGUUGCCAACAAGCUCAAAGGAACUUCUUACGAGAGUUUUCUACAAGCCGACUAUUCGUCAUAACAUAAUCUCUUCUAGUUCUUCAUGAAAGGUGUAAAUAUCAACUACACUCGUUUUGUCCGACGGAAAGAGCUUAAAGUCUCAGUGACUGCAGGAACUUUUCUUCUUGUGCUAAUGCUCUUUCAACUACCAAUCAACAUUCAAAUGACAUGAAUGACUUUGGUUGGUUUGUAGUUUGUACUAAGUCUUAGGUUUUGGUUUUUUUGUGCAUUCUUGAAUGACCUUGUAUAUGUCAGCUAAUUUAUUAAUUAGUAAAGAUGAGCAAUUGUUUGUUUGUUUUCUUUCUUUCUCUUUUCCCUAAGAAGGCUAAUAGUGUAUUUUUAUAGCAUCGACACUUCAGAUCGAUGGCGUGUUCAGCGUCCAAUGUAUCAAUGUUUGUCACUGAUACGAUACAGACACAUGUAAUUCAGUAUGCAAUUAUUUAUAGCAUAGACACUUCAGAUUGA